AUGGCCCAAGAUCAACUUUACGAUUUCAUUAUUGUUGGCGGCGGUGUCGCGGGCCUGGCGUUUGCGUCCCGCCUCUCGCAGCUCAACAACUGCCGUAUUCUCGUUAUAGAGGCUGGUGUUGACCCAUCUGACACCGAAUGCAUCAAAACCGUAGCCGGCUAUCCCCUCGCCGCUGAAUCGGAGCAUGCCUGCACCAUUGCUGUGGAACCGAAUAAGAAUCUCAAUGGACGUGGUAGAACUCCGUAUGUGGGUAAGGCGCUGGGUGGCAGUGGCGCCGUGAACGGAGGCGCCUGGACAAGGGGUCCGAAGGUGGAUUAUGACACUUGGGCAGAGAUGGUCGGCGACCAUAGCUGGAGUUAUGAGCAACUACUGCCAUAUUUUCGAAAAGUGGAGAAAGUCAACCCUGGGGUUGAUGGAAUGCGCGAUGAGCUCCAGCAUGGGUAUGAUGGUUUUCUAACCGCUACCCCUGUCAAAUCACUGCACCCAGCGAGACAGUAUCCCCUGAGGGACAAGGUGAAGCAAGCGUGGGACGAGGCUGGCAUCCCCUAUGUGGCAGACGGUAAUAACGGGGAGCAAAAUGGGUUGACGGAGCUGGUCGAGGUUUGGGUCAAAGGAAGGAGACAAUUACCCUCUAAAAUUCUGGAUCUCGCGAAGGUCAAGGUCCGUACUAUGACCAGCAUCGCGCGUGUGCUGAUUGAGGAGGGACAAGCUAUAGGCGUCGAGACCGUCAAAGGCGAAAGACUGCUUGCAGCCAGGGAGGUCAUUGUAUCGGCAGGCGUCUACCACACCCCAAAGCUGUUAAUGUUGAGCGGCAUUGGAGAACCGCAAGAGCUAACAAAACUCGGAAUCGAGGUAGUUUCCGCGAGCCCGGAAGUCGGACGCAACCUCAAGGAUCAUCUUGCUGUAGGUCUGACAUGGAAGCUGAAACAUCCGGAGACGGGACUUGCUGCUGGAUCCCCACACUUUACUGACCCAUCGUUCUUCUGGGGGUGGCCACUGGACUUCAUUCAAUUCGGCAAUCUCAAUCAAGACGGGCCACUGAAAGUGCUGGCUAGUAACGACAAAGAUACGGAAUUUCUUCUCCGCCGAAAUGCUACACAUUUUGAGACAGUUUUUCUCUAUGCGCCUAUGGGCAAGCGUUUCACCGGCGUAACUGCAGAAGUCGAUGGAAGUUACGCCACAUCGAUAUCUGUAUGUCUGGCGACAACAUCCCGCGGAUCCAUUACGCUCAGGUCAGCUGAUCCAACAGAGCCUCCUGUUGUCGACGUAAACUUCAAUGCUACUGAGUCAGACAAAUUCAUUCUUCGUGAAGCGCUUCGGAAAAACGCCUCAGUUUGGCUGAACACAGAAAGCGGAAAGUCAUUUGUCAGCCAUGAAAUGGUUCCGGAAGGAUAUACUCCGAUCACUGCUGAAACCAGCGAUGCAGAAAUCGACAAGCGUAUUGAGGACCUGGGCUAUAGUUUGGAUCAUCCUAUGGGAAGUUGCUCGAUGGGCAAAGUUGUUGACAGCCACUGCCGGGUGAAGGGCGUGGAUAGACUGCGAGUUGUCGAUGCAAGUGUGUUUCCGCUUCCUUUGGCUUGCCAUAUCCAGAACGCCGUAUAUGUACUUGCCGAGAAAAUCGCAGACUGGAUUGCACAAGGGGAGUGA